AAACUGCCAAGAGUGCCAAGGCCAAGCCAAAAGGCAAUCCUUCUUUGGCAAAACCUGUUGUAAAUCAUGUCUGUAAUCGAUGUGCGAAAUGAGGAAUGGGAGAGGAACGGGCCGACCCCCGAGAACGAGCCUCAAGACGACAACGCGCAAAUGGACCCCGAUGGCCUCAUCGAGUCGAACUGGGACGAGGUGGCCCAGAACUUCGACGCCAUGAACCUGAAAGAAGAACUUCUCAGGGGGAUUUACGCUUACGGUUUUGAAAAACCUUCGGCCAUUCAGCAGCGCGCCAUUAUACCGUGCAUUACAGGACGCGACGUUAUUGCCCAAGCCCAGUCCGGCACUGGGAAAACGGCCACUUUUUCCAUCGCCAUUCUACAACAAAUCAACACUGCCUUGAGGGAAUGCCAAGCCCUCAUUCUAGCCCCCACCCGUGAGCUGGCCCAACAAAUACACAAAGUGGUUAUUGCUUUGGGAGAUUUUAUGUCCGCCCAGUGUCACGCCUGUAUAGGUGGCACUAAUGUUAGAGAGGACAUGAGAAAACUGGAAGCUGGAGCACACGUAGUUGUGGGGACUCCCGGUCGUGUAUACGACAUGAUAACCAGAAACGCCCUAAGGUCGCAAAGCAUCAAAAUGUUCGUAUUGGACGAGGCCGACGAAAUGCUAUCGCGAGGCUUCAAAGAUGUCAUUCACGAUAUAUUCAAGACUCUGAGUCCCGACGUUCAAGUGAUUUUGCUCUCCGCCACCAUGCCCCCGGAUGUACUAGAUGUAACCAAGUCUUUUAUGAGAAAUCCCAUUAGAAUUCUGGUGAAAAAGGAAGUGCUUACCCUGGAAGGUAUCAAGCAGUUCUUUGUCUACGUGGAGAAGGACGAGUGGAAGCUGGAAACGUUGUGCGACCUGUACGACACGCUGUCCAUCACCCAGGCCGUGAUCUUUUGUAACACUCGUCGCAAGGUGGACUGGCUCACCGAGAACAUGCACAAAAGAGAUUUUACGGUCAGCGCCAUGCACGGCGACAUGGAGCAGAAGGAGCGCGACGUCAUUAUGAGACAGUUCCGCACAGGGUCCUCCAGGGUUCUGAUCACCACGGAUCUGCUGGCCAGAGGCAUCGACGUUCAGCAAGUUUCCUUAGUUAUUAACUAUGACCUCCCUUCCAACAGGGAAAACUACAUACAUCGGAUCGGAAGAGGCGGCCGUUUCGGGCGUAAGGGGGUGGCCAUCAACUUCGUGACGGAGGAGGAUAAGCGCGCGCUGAACGACAUUGAGCAGUUCUACAACACAACUAUCGACGAGAUGCCCAUGAACGUGGCCGACCUCAUUUAACCCACGCACGAGAAAGAGAGAGGACUGGUGCGACCGAUGCGGCGUUGCCGUCGCCUAAAGUUUCCUGUGCAGCCGGUAUCCUGUCAGAUUCAUCUUUGGGUCGUCAGCGCGUGCUUUAAACGCUCCGCAGUUCACUAACAGAACAUAAAAAAAUCUUAAGUGUAUUAAAUUUGAUCAUUUUAAAAUGAGAGGGACUUCUUCUAAUAGAAGUAAUUUCGUUAGCCUGUUUCCGGGCUUAUGGCGUUUCCCGCUACGAAUCAUUUAUUUUAGAAGAAAUUUAGUUGGGUAUUGGAAUGGGUAUUUUAAUUACAAAAAGUGUAAAAGGAAACAAUAUUUCCUUAUUGGAUGUUAUAUAUUUUGUAUUAUACAUUAAUAAUAAAACGAGUCCGAUAAAUC